AGUUCUAAUUAUAUUGAUCGAAAGCUUGGAACGACAGCGGUCGAUCGGGGAGCCAACUGUACAGAUUUCAACUGCGCAGUCAAACCAACGCGGGGCGGAGGACAGGAAGCUCAAACCCGCGGAAUUUUUGCUCAGUCUUUACCACGUGUUUAAGGCGGAAGGAUGUCGGAUUUGCGGAAUUUCUCAAGGGCGUUCGUGGAGGAAUUCAUCGACCUGUACCGAGGCCACGAAUGCCUUUGGAAAAUGAAGAGCAGAUGUUACUCUGACAGAAACCUGAAGAGACUGGCUUAUGAAAAACUCGUUGGGAAGCUGAGGGAAGUGGAUCCGACGGCAGAUCGGGGAGCAGUCGUGAAGAAAAUAAACAACCUCAGGAGUGCUUAUAGGAAAGAGGCGAAGAAAGUGUCAGAUUCAAAGAGGGCGGGAGCGGGCAGCGUUUACACUCCCAAACUGUGGUAUUUCCAUCGCCUGAGUUUCUUGCUGGACCAAGAGAACCCGCGGGCAGCAACCUCCAACCUAGAGGAUCAGGAAGCGAAAGGUUCACUGCAGCUGGAUAGCUCUCAAGACCGGGAGCCAAGAGAAGACCCACAAGNUCGAGAGGAA